AUUUACCUAAAAUAUACCUCUCCUCUUCCUCUACUUCUCGGUUCUCUAAUGGCUUAGGUACAAUACGAUUCUGCAGCGGCCAUAUUCACGUUUUCCUGAGUCUCCGACAAUGUUUUUGCCAAAAGCCGCGAUCUCGUCGGCAUCCUCCUUGCGCAAUCCUCGACGACGCCAACGUACAAGCUCUGAUGAACCUGUCAACCCUCCAAAAGCCAAAAGACAACGGUCCAGUUUGCGCCAUGGUAGUUCAGAUAUUUGUUUAGAGGACCAAAGUGAGCUGCGCGCGCAUGGAAGUUGUUCAACUACACUUGCUUCCCAAGACCUCGACACCGCAGACAAUGCUACUUUUCAAGAGAGCAUGCCAAUUAGAGGUCCAAAGAAGCUAGAGAGGCGAGGCGAAGCUGAUGGGACCAUUGUCCUCUCUAAAACUGACUUUUACAAUGUUUUGCAAUUACCGGCUCUGCCAGAUCAGAUCCGCGGACUACAAUCAGGCAAGUCUGACUUAUUUCCCCGCCAUUCAUAUUGUUAACACGAACACGCAGGAUCUUAUAAAUGCUUCUUUGGUGCAGGCAAUGGCUACGCCUUAGCCAUGACGCACUCCCAUGCAAUCAUAUGGCCAUACUCAAUUACUACUUCCUCGCCCCCACCCGCCGAUGUGUUUACUAUUUCCAUACCCGAAUCCUACAGGGAGCCAAAUGGGCCACUUCCUCUUGGAAUCCUACUAUCUACUGUAACAGCUGGGAUUCCAGGCCUUAUGAUCGUCGCUCCUGACACAGGGAAUAUCACAUACUGGGAAACUGUCUCAUGUGCUGCAUCACUGGGCCUGGCCAGACAGAAGCAGAAGACCUUCCAGGGAUGCAUACCUAAUCUACUCUCAGGUGAACACAUCACAGAUCUCGUGAAUGGCGAGCCUUCUGGUAUCAUCGUUACAUUAUCGUCAGGGAGGGUUGCUCAUAUCACCGUUCGGGAUCCACAGGGAAAGCCGACAGUGACUGUCAAUUUCUUGCGAAAUACGUCCGGGCUUGGUAAGAUUGGGUUUUUCGGUGGUAUUAGAAACGCCUUGGGUGGAGGGUUUUCAAGGAAAGAUCUAGCUGCCGUCAGAGCGGGUGAAUCUCAUCAACGUGGACAGCGAGACAUUAUAAUCGCUACAUCAGGCGGUCUUUUUGAAAUCUGGGAUACACAUUGGAAUAACGGGAGUAUAUUGAAGAAACAGUUUGAUAUUAUAGAUGACCUAUGUCGUCACCUUGGUACGGAAGAUUCGAACAGAUCUGACGACUCCAACAUCAAGAUCUUGGACUUUUCACUCAUGCCAGCUGAGUGCAAUGUUCGUGAGCUACCAGGUAGCGUGUCGGUAGCAUCCUGGCAUCUCUCACUCAUUGUAACUCAAUCUGGGAUGGGUUCGCAAAGCAUGUCCCUUGUGCAAGUCAAUCUAGCCGAGGAAGUCCAUAUCCUGUCUUCCCACCCUAUUGAUUUGCAUGGGGUCUCGGCGGGUCUUGAUUCAAAACCGAAAUUAUAUCUCCCGAAGCCAGGUGAUAUGGCAUUUGUUUUAAUGGAUUACUCUGUUGUACUCUUAUCGUUGAGUUCAACUGAGCACCAGUCCGCGCAACCUCAACAACAGCGGGUGUUCCAGGACUCUAUCAGUUUCCGCUCAGGAAAGGCCUUUGAAAUUUUAGGCAGCGGCUUUGAAGACAAAAACAAUGAGAACUCGUGCCCCGCAUGUCUAAUAAUGGUCCGUGAUUUUGGUACCAUCCGCAUUACAGCUUUACCACGCUAUGACUCGUGUUCCACCGCUGAAUGUGUUCGAAUCACUGCUAAGCAAAAGAUCGAACAAGCCAUAUUCUAUGGUACCAUGCUCGGAAAUCCACUGAAUUUGAACAAUAAGAGUAGCCUGGACUUCUCUGUCACGGAUAUCGAGCAAGCCGCGUUGGAUAUUUGCAGAGAGUUGCUCCAGUCUACAUCAAAGUUCAUCCCAGCGACAGCAAUCUCCUUAGAACAGAAUCUACGAUCGAGAGCAAAAGCUUUGGAUGACCUGGCAUACCUUUUGGUGCAACAAAAUAAGUCAUUGAGUCAACAAACCUGGUGGGAGUUAUUGUGGGGCGCGGAGAAACUUGCGGCUCAGAGGGCUAUGUGGAAGAUAGAAGAAAAUUCUAGGAAAUUGAAGGGCAAGGGACCUACGUUUCUUGCUCAUGUUAUCAAUUCGAUGAGUGACAAAUUUAAAACACGAGUCGAAAAGCAAGACGGCGAGGUUGACCCCGUCCGCAGCUGGUUUCUCCACGAUACAUUCCAGAUGGAGCAUGUUGUUCCAUGGAUUUUCAAUGCCAUUAAGCCAAAGAAAGGGCAUUCGUCGAGACAGGGACGAAAGAUGUCAGAACAAAUACUAGAAGCAAGUGAGCUUUCUCUGGCGGUCUUGGAGACCGCAUUCAGAUACCGCGAUGAGCACGCUAGUCGGUACGGUAUUCGCGAUGGAUAUCUCGAAGAUGGCGUACUAGUAACCGGCUUCAAAGACCUACCGGAAUUUUGGACGUCUCAGAAUUUCAGUUACGUUGAAACAGGCCAUUUGUUGGAUCUAGAACUCGAUAGUUGCAGGGCUUGGAUUCAACAAGCAACAUCUGUCACCGAAGCCCCCGAAAGCCUAACAGUGAAAAAAAUUGCGGGAAAUGGUGCCAGACAACUCUAUGUUCUAGGCCAAAUGCACUGUGAGCGGGUUCGGUGGCUCUCUGCCCAAGAGGACCCAAAACUGGUCGAUGAGGGCAUCGCUACUGAGCACGCCCAUGUUAAACAACGCAAGUGGCGACUCUUCAAACUUGCCGGUAUUGGAAGAUUGGAGGAUGCAAUUACGUUGGCGGAAAAGUUUCGAGACAUGAGUGCAUUGGUAGAGCUCAUCAUUGAGCUCCAAGAUCAAACAAAGGGCGAAAUUCUCCCCCAAAAUUCCCGAAACGAUGCAUCAGAUUCUAUCAACUGUGAGUCCGAUCAACUCAACAAAAAAAUAUCCCUCUACUUUGAGAAAUUCGGUGAAUCAUGGGCAAAUGCAUUUUUUUCACGGCAAUUAUCGAUGCGUCAGUCGGGAAUACUUUUCGCCAUGAAGAAAUUCCAACCUUUUAUCACCCGAUUCUUGCGUAAGGAUGCAGCCUAUUCGAGGCUAGGCUGGAUCAAUGAUGUAAUUGGUGAAAUUGACUACAGCGCCGCCGCUCAGUCGCUGGAGAAACUCGCAAUAGGGGUGGAAUCUGAUUUAUGGAGUCAUCGUGUCGAACUAUCCCUAGCGAAGCUUGCCAAACUAGCAACAUGGGAAGAGACCAAUAUAUCGAGUCAUUCUGGUUUUCACAACGACAUACGGCAUUUAGAAGAUCUCUCUGAAAUAGAUGCCGUCCAAGAACUCAUUUACGCCUGUAUUUCCCCCGCGUUACAGGGUGCAAUUGAUCAAAGAGCCGAGGUCGACCUAGCAAUUGACCACUUUGGAAAAGGGAUUGCUGAGGAUAGGCCUUCCCUGCAUGAACUACUCAGUGAAACCCUCACCAAAGUUGUCACUAGGCAAAUCAUUGACAUUUACCAACUGGUCGAUAUAUUGACGUUAAUGGAUUCUGACCAAGCAUCGGAAUAUAGCCAAUCAGAAUUAUCCGGGAAAGAGUUCUACCUGGCCUUGCGUGUCAUCCGUCUCGGAACUUAUGCUCAGCAAGGUUCACUCAACCCUAUUACUAUGCAGAAGCUGGUGUGGCGACGGUGUAUGAUAAAAGACAAUUGGGUGGCUACAGGACGGGCGGCCGAGAGCAUGGACAAUGAAAGCGAGCCCUUCAUUUACGACACAGCCCUUUUCCGUACUCUGGGUCUAUGUCUAAAAGACAGUAAGUACCCACGUUGGGGUCACUUACGGUCACUGGACGAACUAACACCUCUAGCAGGAUACAAUGAAGACGCUAGCUACGCAUCUCUGUACAUUCCAAGCUCUCCACAUGAUGUUUUUCUAAACGGAUCGGACUCUGAAGUUCUCUCGGCACGCUUUCGUCCAGAGCAACGAACACGAAUCAUGCAUGAUCUUGAAAGGGAGAAUGAAAUGCUACAUCAAAAUGUGGGAAAAGGAAGGCUUGACUUUUGGUUCAAAAAUCUUCGCGCCUCUGCAGAAGAGUCCGCAUCAACCCCAAUCCAUCCGACUUUUACUUUGGAGGAAUCCAACCACAACAACCAGCAGGAGGAGCGGUCCCCACAACAAAGGGAGGGGUCUAGUAAAGCGCGGUUAAAUUGGCUUUAACCUUUGAUUGGUCCCGGUUGCACAAUGCUAAACUAGCUUAGACGGGUAUGUCAGCGCGAUUACCUAUGCACUUGCAGCUAUUAUAUGUAAUUUGACCGAAUACAGAGGCAGAUUUUGUUAUCACGGUCCUCGUAUUUCUGCUAAUUAUCUACUCGUCCAUCACUUGUUAAGACAUUCUGAAUUAUGAAUAGCAUUUUCUCUUGUU